CGCUCCGGAGGCUCCCGGGGCCGGGCCGGGCUGGGCGGGCCCCGGUGCGCGAUGGCCGCGCUCGGUACCGGAGCGUUCGUGUGGGACGGGCGGCGCAUCGAGGAGGAGGAGCUGCGGCGGUCGGCGCAGGAGCUGCAGCAGUUGGAGAAUCCCGAGGAAUUCCGGGAGCAGGAGCGGCCCUGGGAGCUGAUCAUGGAGCGGGAACAUUUCCGGCUCUGGCGGCGCCCGAUCCCGGGAUCCCACCUGUUCCAGUACCGAGUUUUCGGCUCCUACACCGACGUCACUCGGCAAUUCUUCAACGUCCAGCUGGACACGGAGUACCGCAAGCAGUGGGAUCCGCUGGUGCUGAGGUUGGAGGUGCUGGAGCGCGACCCCGGCUCCGGCUCCGAGCUCAUCCACUGGGUCACGCGAUUCCCGUACCCGAUGUUCUCCCGCGCCUACGUUUACGUGCGGCGCUACAGCGUCGACAGCGACCGGAACCUGAUGGUGCUCGUGUCCCGGGCCGUGGAACAUCCCGGAAUUCCCGAGGAUCCCGAGCACGUCCGCGUGCGCAGCUACGAAUCGCGCAUGGUGAUCCGGCCCCACGGCGCCUUCGACGAGGUGGCAGCGGGAAAAGGGCUCGGAAAAGCGGGAAUGAGGCCCGGGGGGGAGGGGGGGUGGAGGUGUCACUCGGGGUUCGUGGGGACGCACUGUGUCACUGGGGGUUUGUGGGACGCGCUGUGGGUGCCCUGA